AUGGCUAACCUUACAAAACUCGAGUUCGUUGCCCUUGAUAUUUCGGGCAAGAACUACCUAUCAUGGUUGCUAGAUGCUGAAAUCCAUCUUGAUGCUAUGGGUCUUGGAGACACCAUUGAAGAAAAUAAUAAAGCAUCCAACCAAGAAAAUGCCAAGGCUAUGAUAUUCUUGCGUCAUCAUCUUGAUGAGGAUCUGAAAAUUGAAUAUCUUACUAUUAAGGAUCCACUCGUUUUAUGGAAAAACUUGAAAGAAAGGUAUGACCACCUGAAGAUGGUCUUCCUCCCAAAAGCACGACACGAAUGGAUCAAUCUAAGGUUACAAGAUUUCAAAUCAGUUAUGAAGUAUAACUCUGAGAUGUUCAGAAUUACUUCUAUAUUGACACUAUGUGGAGAAAAGAUUAGUGAUUCUGAUAAGCUGGAAAAGACAGAUGAUUGA